UCAGUAUUUAUUCAGAAACAGACGUAUAUAAUGGAAUUGGGGAACAACCAAUUCGGACAAGUUAGAAGUAUACGAUUGAUUUGUCGGAAAAUUAAGUAUUUUCAGCGUAAGCAUAUGAAAGUGGGGUGUGCAUACAGUCGUCAUGUGCCAGGCAGUCGUCGGAAAUAAUGGAGGUUUCUAUGGAUUGCAGAAUGCAGCUUAAACUGAAUAAGAUCAAAUCUUUUUAUUGAGAAGUGUUAUUAGUAUAGUCAUCGGCGUUGAGAAAUAGCGUCACCUGAACAUCGG